AUGCAGUUCUUCACCCGCAUUACCGCGCUCGCUGCAGCUGCAGCCCCUUUCCUGGCCCAAGCUGCUCCCGUCGUGGCGCCCCCAGCAAAUGAGAUCAUCCCCGGAAAAUACAUCGUUCAGCUGAAGCCUGAUACCGACGUUGCAUCCAUCGCAGCCCAUCACAACACUGUGCGCAGUAUACAUGCCCGCAAUCUGGCUCGACGAGGCGACGAUGGUCCCGUUGGUGCUCCAGUGGACCGCGAGUACGGGUUUGGCGACUUCAAAGCCUACGCUGGGUCGUUCGAUGAGGCUACCGUUGAAGAGCUGAAGGCUCUCCCUGAGGUCCUCACCAUUGAACCGGACUUCAUCGUCAGGAUCAACGCGGUGGUGACUCAAGCGAACGCACCGUGGGGUCUAGCCAGCAUCUCUUCCCGCAAGCCAGGAGCCACUUCAUACGUGUAUGAUGACACUGCGGGCAAAGGCACCUUCUCCUACGUUAUGGACACUGGUGUUCGUAUCACUCAUAGCGACUUCGAGGGACGAGCAACUUGGGGCUACAAUGCCGUGAGAGGCACCGCCGACGCCGACAACGAAGGCCACGGAACGCAUGUAGCUGGAACCGUGGGUGGCGCCAAGUACGGCGUUGCUAAGAAGACCAACAUCAUCGGCGUGAAGGUUUUGGACAGUGACACUGGCAGCGCAUCAGAUGUCUUCGCCGGAUUUGACUGGACAGUCAACGACAUCGUUUCCAAGGGCCGCCAAAACACCGCCGUCAUCAACGUCUCGCUUGGCUCUUCCGCGUCAACAACAUGGGAUGCCGCCAUCACUGCAGCAUGGAAGAAAGGCGUUCUCGUCGUGACAUCGGCAGGAAAUGAGGAUUCCCCUGCUAUCAACAGCUCGCCAGCUCGCUCCCCUGAAGUCAUCUGUGUUGGAAACAUCGAAAUCACCAACAAGAGGCACAGCGGCGGUGGAGGCUCCAACUACGGCGCUGCGGUCGACAUCUUUGCUGCUGGAACGAACAUUGUAUCCGCAUCCAAUUUGGGCGACACAGAGACGAGGACGCUGACCGGUACUUCUAUGGCAUCUCCUCACGUAGCGGGCUUGGUCUCGUAUCUGCGUGGUCUUGAAGGACCAUCGACUGCUGCCGAUGUUAAGGCGAGGGUGUAUGCGCUAGCUACGCCCAAUGUUGUGACGGAUCCUAUGGGUUCGGUGAACCUACUUGCGUUCAAUGGUAACAGCAAGUAG